AUGGCACAGGUACGUUACUCCGCGUGCCCCACUUUCCCCGGGGAGGUGGAGGACUACUACUGCACCACCUGCCAUACGCCGUGCAGUGGUCUGUCGCUGCUGGUUGGGCCGCACACUGGCCACAACCGCGUGCCACUGCUGCAGGCCGCCGCGCUCCUCCCAGCCGCCAUGCGCCGUGACGCGCGCGCGUUGGUGGCGCAGAUACACGACGAGUAUGUGCAGCCCAAGACGGCACAGUGCACCGCACUCCACACCACACUUGAGCACUUGAACCAGGAAAGACAGCGCAAGACCAGAGAACUGGAGGAGCUGCAGAGUGAGCUGCGCGCGCUCGAUAAGAAGAUUGACUCCACCACACAGGAGAGCGCGUUGGUGGCGUGCCACUGGUCAAAGCAGCGUUGCAACUUCGCGUCUCGGGUACGUCUGCUGCUCCGCGGUGCCGACGCUCUCGCCAAAACUGUCGGCUUACGAGAGAGAAGCCCACGCUCCCGCAGCAUGAACGGUGCUGCGGCAGCGGACGUUGUCCCGCCACACACCCUGCAGACCAUUGCGAAAGAGCUGGGCGAGGUGCGGCAACUACUCACGCAGCCGCUGGCGUGGCUCGAGGCGGGGGAGCGCGACCCAAUGCGAAGUUGCUGCGUGGCGAACGCCGUUGACCACGAGCGGGCAGAGGCAUACAGCUGGCUGAACUGCAGUGCAAAGCCAAGGUCCCGCAACAGCAGCAAGUCAACUCCGUCCGACGCGAAGGCUGUUUUGGACCGGCUGUUCGCCGCACAAAUGGAGCUGCAAAGGGCUCCAUCACCACCGACCAGCAGGUCCGUCGAGGGCGAUGACAAUGAUAACGACACAGAAGACGGGACAAGUAGCUUUGACGGUCACGAUGACAAGCGGAAGACAGUUGAACGCCAGCGCUGGCGACACGACGUCAAGCGAAGGGAGCAACUCCUGCGCGAGGGCCUCAAUCGAUGCUUGGUUGUCGACACACCACGAAAACGCACGGCAACGACGACGGCAACAACAACUGCGGCAGGCGAUGAGACGGACGUGAACGAUAUCAGCAGCAGCAGCAGUGGAGGCAGUGUUAACGAGAUGGUGGCCCAUCUGCUGCGCGGCCGCCAGGGCGGCGAUGCCAUGAGUACGGCGUCACGCCCCCACAGACGCCACUCGCACUACGCCGUAGCGUGUGAGGACGACUUGUCGUAA